AUGCAUCGACUUCUCCUCGGCACAGAGCCAAAUACGGCGCCGUCCUUUAGGAACAGGACAGCAGAUUCAUACAUUAGCGAGGCCAACUUUGACACCAACAUGGUGAUCAUAUUGGCAGCCCUGUUAUGUGCUCUGAUAUGUGCACUUGGGCUCAACUCAAUUGUCCGCUGUGCCCUGCGCUGCAGCCACAGGUUUGCUUUGGAGACGCCGGAACAAGCAGCUGCAAGGUUGGCAGCCACAGGCCUGAAGAAGAGCCAUUUGCGCCAGAUCCCAAUUGCUGUUUAUGGCUCCGGCGUGGAAAUUCCGGCCACAGAAUGCCCAAUUUGCCUUGGAGAGUUUGAAGAUGGAGAAAAAGUCAGGGUGCUGCCAGAAUGCAAUCACGGAUUUCAUGUGAGGUGCAUAGAUACGUGGCUUUUGUCCCACUCGUCCUGCCCAAACUGUCGACAUUCAUUGCUUGAACAACACCAUCCCAAAAAGAGUACCAGGACUAGUAGUGCCAGUACUGUUGAUGCAAGCCAAAAUCAAGAAGCUGCUGCUACUGCAGCAGAGCCAUCAAAUUCAACCAAUGAGUCCAACCAGCAAGGCAGAGUGGUCAUAGUCAUUGAGCAGGCAAGUUAA